ACCUGGACAUUAUGAUAUUUUAGUAGGCCCCAAACACUGAAUUGCAGCUUCGCAAGAGCUCAUACUGUAUCUGCGAUGUGCAAGAAUCACUACAUUUUAUUUCGGAGAAUUCAGUUCUCCUGCCACUGUAUUCAUGAACCGUUUUGGAAAAUGUCAACGCGCCACUGCUAUCGAUCGUCCUCUCAAUUCAAAAUCGUCGGAGACGGGUUGCCCCCUGUUUACGUAUAAACCAAUUCACGACGCUGUCUUAACCACUACAGUCUUCCACAGUUCAUCUAGAGUACAGGCACUCUUCAGACGUUAUCUACACCUCUUGUGAUAAGCCAUCCAUAUGGCAUGCGGGAAGCUCUGCUAUAUAUGGGACCCAAGCGGGUCAUUCUGAGAAUGCAUAUAAAUACGCAGACGUCAAUUCCACGAUGACGAAAUAGAAUUCCCCUUCGUUCCCCUUCUUAUUCGACCUUUUUUUAGGACAGGCAAUCAUGUCCAAAGCUCGAAAACACGAUGUCCAGCAUGCAGACGAAGCGUUAUUGGCUUCUUUAGGGUAUAAACAAGAGUUCAAACGCGCGUUUACACCACUCGAGGUGUUCGGUAUCGCAUUCUCCAUCAUCGGACUGCUGCCCUCAAUAGCAUCUGUGCUGUUCUAUGCCAUACCAAAUGGAGGAGGACCGGCCAUGGUCUGGGGUUGGGCUGUAGCAAGCAUCUUCAUCUUGAUUGUCGGAUUGGCCAUGGCGGAGUUAGCGUCUGCGGCCCCAACUUCUGGUGGGCUCUACUUCUGGACGUUCUCCCUCUCUUCGCCUAGAUGGAGAAAUCUGCUAUGCUGGAUCGUUGGCUAUGCAAACACAAUCGGUGCCGUGUCCGCUGUCGCUUCAAUUGACUGGGGAUGUGCAGUACAGAUCAUGGCAGCUGCGAAUAUCGGCUCACCAAAUGGGAGCUUUGAGGCAACCCGUGCCCAGCUUUAUGGAACAUAUGCUGCAGUCAUUCUUACACAUACCCUGGUGUGCUGUCUUGGAACUACUGUGUUGGCCAGAUUGCAGACAGUCUAUGUCGGGCUUAAUGUAUUAUUAUGUUUAGCAGUGAUUAUCGCCUUACCUGCAGCCACUCCUAAAGAGUUCAUGAACACUGCGAGUUUUGCCUUGGGUGAUUUCACCAACCUUAACGGAUGGCCAAAUGGCUAUGCGUUCAUCAUGAGCUUCCUUGCCCCGCUAUGGACAAUCUGCUCCUUUGAUUCAAGUGUGCAUAUUUCUGAGGAAGCUGCCAAUGCUGCCACUGCGGUACCUUGGGCCAUAGUUGGUGCUAUAAGCAUUGCGGGGAUUUUGGGAUGGGCGAUUAACAUGUCUCUCGCUUUUUGUAUGGGAACCGAUCUCGAGACGUUGUAUGCCAGUGCGCAACCCAUGGCGGCGAUUUUCAAUAACAGCUUUGGGCAUAAAGGUACACUGGCGCUCUGGGCAUUUGUAGUAUUGGUACAAUACAUGAUGGGUUCCAGCAUGCUUCUUGCCGCCAGCCGUCAGAGUUAUGCUUUCAGUCGUGAUUCUGCUCUUCCUUUCUCAUUCUGGCUUUACCGUAUGAACAGCUACACCGGGACUCCUGUCAACACCGUCGUAUUCGUGGCUGCAUUAGCAUUACUCCUUGGUCUACUUGCGUUCGCAGGUACGGUCGCAAUUGACGCCGUAUUUGCUAUUUCUGUUACCGCACUCUACAUCGCAUAUGCUAUUCCGAUUAGUGCGAGGUGGUUAGGUGAUAAUCAAUUUAAGCCUGGUCCGUUCAAUUUGGGAUUCAUGAGUCUUCCUGUUUCCAUAACCGCAGUUCUCUUCAUGUUUUUCCUUGGCAUUGUCUUUCUAUUCCCCACCACGCAACAAACCGACGUUUCGGACAUGAAUUACACCGUGGUCGUCCUUGGAGGCGUGCUGAUUCUCUCCUUGGUAUGGUACUAUUUCCCAAAAUAUGGUGGUGUGCACUGGUUCACAGGUCCCAUCGCCAACAUCGAUAAAAUGGGAAUGGAAGUGAAGGGAGGAAGCUUGACAGACCCAGAAGUUUCCGCCAUGUAG